AUGGCUGAUCCGCAAGAACCUGCGGAGCUUGCAGGAGAAGGUGAUCUUCGGGAGGACAAAGGCAUGCGUCAAGAAGACUCCACCCGUGCCCCCAUGGCAGAAGCAGAGCAAGCUACGGCAAUUGUCAACGAAGACAUGGACUCGAGAACCUCCCUCGCUGGUCGCAAGAGAAACCUGCAGGGGUUGGGCCACGGUGACAAGGAAAACGGCGAGGAGGUGGAUGAUGAGAGACUGCGAAAGCGUGUCAAGGACCAUCAAGAUCCUCCACUCGAAGGAGGAUUGGUGGCCGGUAUCACUUCACCACCUCUGGAGGUCUUAUCAGUUGCACAGGCUGAAGCUGAUACUGGACACCAAUCUUCUGCUAGUGAGCCGUCCGUGUUCAAACUUCUGCAGGAGGAAUCGCAGAAGAGCCAAGGCCCUGGGGCAGAGUCACACUCGAUCUUUAAUCUUAUGGGUAAGGGUCCUAGAGACUCCGCGCCAAACGGAAGCACAAAGUCGGCAGCUGUGCCUUCUGCCUCAUGGAAUGGAGGUAUUUCGACCGGACUACGGACUUCUUUUGCAGGCAAAGCACGAUCAUCAUUUGGCCUCAAAAGUACUACAACACCUGCGCUUGUAUUUCAAGAUACUGUCACGUCAGCAGAUCCUGUUGGUGGAGUUUCUGGUACUUCUUCAGUGCUCUCUACAUAUGCCGAAUCUCCUAUUGUUCCUUCGUCUAGCGAGCUCAACAAAGAAGAACAGGACAAUCUCGAUAGUGAGGAGAAGAAACUCCAUCUGAAGGCUAUCUUUGCUCAGUUCAGAGAACCGGCAGCCAGCAAGGUUGUAAUGCCGCCUGUCAAUAAUGACAAAAAUGCUACAGGUGCAACUUCCAGAUACACUGCGAAAGUAGAUGACGACCGAGCCCAGUCAUCUACUGCUGGCCAGGAUCAACACGUACCGUUUCGGAAGCUGAAAAAGGCCGCGAGAGAUAAUCUGAGUCCUGUAGACCGGUUGCAAUACAACGCUGCCCUAAAGGCACAUAAUGUCGCGAAGCGGGAGAAACGGGAGCGAAAACGAGGUCUAAAAUCUAAAGAACAACCAGCCUCGUCCCUCGAGGAAUCCGAAGUGUCAACAGGUUCCCAGAGUCUUGAGGGCAAGUCGCCUAAUCCAAUCCUUAUCACCUCUGAUAGCGAAGGACACCAGGACGAGGAGAAUGCCACCAAAUUGGAUAUCAGUCAGACUGGACUGAAACAGCCAGCGCCAUUUGUGAAGCUAACCAAAAAUCAAAUCAAAUUGCUGAAUGAGGAGCAGCUUGAGGAGUAUAAUCGUUCUGUCAAUACUCAGCUGGCCCAAAAGAGGCUUGAGAAAAAAGCCAUGAAAGCCCAAUCAAGAAUUGAGGAGCUUCAACAAGCUAGCGAGAAGGUAUCGGUUGCAUUCACAAAAACAUCUUCUCCAUCCUACACCUUUCCAACCAGCCUUACGAAGAUGAUUGAAUCGGGAAAGACAUUUUACGCUCGCAAACUGCCUGCAGUGCCCGAAUAUGGGAACAAGAAUGGUAGCUGGAAGCUGUACGAAAUACUAAGCACAGAUGCCAAACCUCUGCAAAUCCAUGACGUAUCGUUCAACAGGUUUGCUCCGUACUUCUUGAGCUGUUGGAAGGCUGAUUGGAGCUCCAUGACCCAGAAGGUUCUUACUGCAGCAUUUAGUAUAUAUGUCACAAAUUACUAUGGCCAUCUGAUCGGUGUCGGCUCUGCACUUGAGAGUUGUCGCACAACAGCCUCAGCUUCCGAUGCCAUCACUCUCAAAGAUGCUAAAGUGUUGGCAAAUCAGCUCCUGCAACAUUCAGGUCCUCCGCAAACAUUACAGACAGUUCCCCUAACCAUCCAGCCGGAGUCUGUCAACAUAUCUGAUCCUGGCAUCUCUAAGCCAUAUGUCAACAACGACACUGACACGAUGAUGGAAGAUGCGGCAGAUACUGUUGCCUCGAACGCUGGUCAUGAGGUGGCUUUCGCGAACCCCCCAGAUGCCGACGAAGAGCCAAUCGAUUUUGACCUGCGUCAAGCAGAAUUGUAUCUCCAACAGAGAUAUUACCCAUCAUCGGAUCUGAACAUCAUGCAUUGUCUUGCAUGCUCAAAGACUGGCCACAAGACUCUGGAGUGCCCUUUGAUGAAGUGUAGUAUCUGUCAAACCAGGGGUAUCCAUUCGGAAGCCAUGUGCCCUCAGAAGAAGCGCUGCAACAGGUGCAGAGAACGAGGCCAUCAAACCGAGGCUUGCAAAGAAAAGUUGUCGCUGCCCAAGUCUGAGAUGUCUUGUGAUAUAUGUCACUCCCCAGAUCACUUGGAAAUGGCAUGCCAUUAUGUCUGGCGCAGUUUUGAUCCAAGACCAGAAGAAAUCUUCACCGUUCAGAACAUUCCCGUCGAAUGCUACAUUUGUGGUAACUCCGAUCACUUUGGACCCGAAUGUGGACUGCAUAGAGGUGUCGCCCUUUCUGGGGGUCUCACAUGGUCAAAGCAUAAUUUGAGUAUGUAUGUCGACCCUUCAAGCAAUAACCGUGCAAUAUCUGCUGGAAAGGACUAUUCAAUACCACCUAAAGGACCAAAGAGGGGUAACGCGAACGAUCCCAUCACUAUUGAUGAGGAGAGUGAUGCUGAACCCUUCAUUCGUCCCAAGGUCUUGCCUUCGCACCCGAAAGGCGGAAAGAUUCAGGUGCAACCAGUGCAGCAGAAUCAACAGGCAGCAACGAAAAAUGGAAAGCAGAACAAAAGCUGGCAGCCAGCUCCACCAUCCCCUCCCUACCAGCGUCAUCCGAACCCACCGAGAGCCUCGCGGCCAGACUUCGGAUUUGACUACCCCUUCAAUAAUGCUUCUCAGAAUCCUCCUUUAGGACCACGAGGUGGAGGGCCUAACAACUUUGGAGAUGCCAAUCGAGGUGGGAGGGGAGGAAGAGGAAUAGGCAGAAGGGGUGGUGGCGUACCAACCAGAGCAGAACGACGCCGCAUGGCAAAUCAAGCCGGUGCCUAG